CAAACCAGGUCCCUACCAUUGCCAAGCCCACAGCCGAGAAGGAAAGAGAAACUCCUAAAGCGAGCAAAUGGCUGUAAUCGAGGUUUCUUUCCAGUGUUCUAAGGGGCGAAUGGGUAGGGGACGACUAAUUGUCUGAGACUUAGUGGUGGGUGUAUGUGUGGGCGGGGGAGGGAGUCAUUCAGGCAGCGCUUUCCCGUAUAAAGCAUGGUCACGGGAGAGGGAGCGGACUGUUGGUGCACUCCUAAGGACUGUGCGUAUCUGGGGGAGGCGGCAGGAUCCAGGGCCUGGAGGGCCUUGAACGCCCGGCCACGAGACCGGGGUUCCAGCUAUCGGCGAAAGUAACCCGGAGAAGCUUCUGCCCAGGAGUGAGGCUUCGGCCCGGCCAAGUCACCUUUCAGGAGGGUAGCAACACAAAAGCAGAAGGAGGACUCCCGCCCGGGCGGAAUGGAAAAACCCCGGUAGUUGAGGACGGAAGUAACCGCAAGCCCGUGACAGAACCGCGGAAGAACUCCCGGCGUUCUCUACGUCCGGAGGAGCCGGAAACUCCCAGCGCUAGGUGGGUGAGCCCGGCGGCACGGCGGCGGCCAAGGGAGCGGGGCCGGCUCUCUAAAGGCAGCUGAUUGGUCGGCCCCCGGCGGCGGCGUUGGCGGCUGCGCGUGGAAUUGUCACCUCGGCCUGAGAAGAUGGAAGAGCUGAGUCAAGCCCUGGCUAGUAGCUUUUCUGUGUCUCAAGAUCUGAACAGCACAGCUGCCCCACACCCCCGCCUGUCCCAGUACAAGUCCAAGUACAGUUCCUUGGAGCAGAGUGAGCGGCGCCGCCGGUUACUGGAACUGCAGAAAUCAAAGCGGCUGGAUUAUGUGAACCAUGCCAGAAGACUCGCUGAAGAUGACUGGACAGGGAUGGAGAGUGAGGAAGAAGAAGAAAAGAAAGAUGAUGAGGAAAUGGACGUUGACACUGGCAAGAAGUUACCAAAACGCUAUGCUAAUCAAUUAAUGCUGUCAGAGUGGUUAAUUGACGUCCCUUCAGAUUUGGGUCAGGAAUGGAUUGUGGUCGUGUGCCCUGUUGGAAAAAGAGCCCUUAUUGUGGCCUCCAGGGGCUCUACCAGUGCCUACACCAAGAGUGGCUACUGCGUCAGCAGCUUUUCUUCCCUUCUGCCAGGAGGCAACAGGCGAAACUCAGCAACAACAAAAGACUACACCAUUCUGGACUGCAUUUACAGUGAGGUGAACCAGACCUACUACGUUCUGGACGUGAUGUGCUGGCGGGGACACCCUUUUUAUGACUGCCAGACUGAUUUCCGAUUCUACUGGAUGCAUUCAAAGUUACCAGAAGAAGGACUGGGAGAGAAAACCAAGCUCAAUCCCUUUAAAUUUGUGGGGCUAAAGAAUUUCCCUUGUACCCCUGAGAGCCUGUGUAAGGUGCUGUCUAUGGAUUUCCCUUUUGAGGUAGAUGGGCUUCUCUUCUACCACAAGCAGACCCACUAUAGCCCUGGAAGCACUCCUCUGGUGGGCUGGCUGCGCCCCUACAUGGUGUCAGAUGUUCUUGGCGUAGCUGUGCCAGCUGGCCCGCUGACUGCCAAGCCAGAAUAUGCUGGGUACCAGCUCCAGCAGAUUAUUGAGCACAAGAGGAGCCAGAAGGAGGGAAUAAAGAAGAUACUCACACACAAGUCCUCUGAGAAUGGACGCUAUGAGUUGGAGCACCUGUCUACCCCCAAGCUGAAGAGCCCUCCCCAUAGCCCCAAGCACCCAGGGAGCCUCAUGGAUAACUAGAGAGGGCAGCGUCCUUUGGGAGUCACAGGAUGGGGGUUGGUCCCAGAAGGAAGGCUGGGGAGGAGGACAGUGACGAGAACAAGAUGACUUCAUUUUAGAGCAGACUUUCCAAAGCCACUCCAGCUGGAAACAGCUUAUCUCCUAUCUGAAGUGCUGGCUUUAACAGUUGGGGGAGGUUUCCAGAUUGGGUAGUCUUUGCAUUUGAGCAGCAACUCCUGUGAAAAAUGUAUUUCAGAUCCACAAUGUAAAUGUAUGUAAUUCUUACGGAAGAA